CUCGCCUUAUCAGCGGCCGGCGGGGGGCUCGCCCCACUCCCGCCCAGCGCAGCCGCCGCGGCGGGGCCGGCACCUCCCCGAGUGCCGCACCAUGGGCAGCCAGGGCUCCAAGGCGGCGGGCGGCGACCCCGACACCGCCAAAGCCAACGGGCAGGAGAACGGCCAUGUGAUCUCCAACGGGGACAUGACGCCCAAGGCGGGGGUCGAGGCGGCGCCCCAGAACGGGAACGGCUCGGCGGAACCCCCCAAAGAGGAGAGCGAGGGCGAAGCGGGAGGCGCGGACAGCAUCGAGCCCGCCCCGGCCGCCGCCGAGCCCGCCGAGCCCAAAGGCGAAGGGGCCGCGACCCCCAAGGACGGCCCUAAAAAGAAGAAGAAAUUCUCCUUCAAGAAACCCUUCAAGCUGAGCGGGAUCUCCUUCCGCAAGAACAAGAAGGAAGGCGGGGACUCCUCGGGCUCCUCGCCCACCGAGGAGCAGGGCAGCAGCGAGGAGACCCCGCCGGGGGGGCUGCAGCCCUCGGCGCCCCCCGAGGAGGGGCAGGAGGGCGGCGAGCCCGAGCAGGGAGGAGAAGCCGCGGGCAGCCGGGAGGAGGAGGAGGAGGAGAAACAGCAGCAGCAGGGAGGGGAGAGCCACGGAGACACCGCCAAAGCCGAGGAGCCCUCGAAAGGCGCGGGGCCGGAGCCCGCAGCGAGCCCGGCGGAGCAGAAGGAAGAGUAGAGACCGCUCGGGCAUCGUCCUCAGCGGGGACCCUCCCCGAGCAGCCCGGGGGCUCUCACACUGACCCCGACCCUCCCCGAGCAGCCCGGGGGCUCUCACACUGACCCCGACCCUCCCCGAGCAGCCCGGAUCCCCGGAUCGCCCUCACCGGGGACUCUCACCGUCCUCAACCCUUCCCGAGCAGCCCGGAUCGUCCUCGACCCUCCCUGAACAGCCCGGGGGCUCUCACAUCGACCCUCUCCGAGCAGCCCGGGGGUCUCACACCGCCCCCGAUCCUCCGUCCUCACCGAGGGCUCUUAAACAGACCCUGAACCUCCCCGAGCAGCCCGGAUCGUCCUCCCCGGGGACUCUCACACCACCCUGGAUCCCCCCCGAGCAGCCCGGGGACUCUCACGCCGCCCUCCGUCCCUCCCCGAGCAGCCCGGAGCGUCACCGCCGGGGACUCUCGCACCAACCCGGAUCCCCGGAGCGCUCUCACACCGCCCAGGACCGUCCCUGAGCAGCCCGGAUCGUUGAGCAUCCUCACCGGGGUCUCUCUCACCGCCCCCGGGCUCUCCGGGACCGCCCCGGUGUGUCCCGCAGCCCCGGACUGACCGCACGCCCCGCACACCCUCCCCACCCGCGCAGGGUUUUCUCUUUCUCUCUCUCUCUCUCUCUCUCCCCCGUUCCCGGUAGAAAAAGCUGGUUUGGAUUCCCCACCACCGCCGCCACUUGGAGUAGUUUGAGCUGAAUUCUUUGGGAAAAUGGAAAAAAAAAAACCAACAACAAUAACAACAACAAAAAAAAUUCAACCAACUGGGGAGGAAGGUUUGUCCCGGACGCCACUGGAGUUUACAGUUUGUAAGAACCCGGAUCCCAAAUCCUGCUCUGGAUCUCUGCAGCCUCCAGACUGUCCCCUCUCCUCCCGCUCCCACUGACUGUUCCAUGGAAUUUUUGAUUUUUUUUUUUAAUUUUUUUUUUCCUCUUUAUUUCUCAGUUUACAUUCCUGGUUCUGACUUUUCAUUUCGAGUAUUUCGUGCUUUUUUUUUUUUUUUUCUAUAGAAAUCGAUGGUUUAAAAAGCUAAUCUGGUUCUUUUUUUUUUAAUAAUGUCUUCUAUUGGCUUAAAACCAUAAAGCUUGUAAGUCCGCUGUGUUUAAUUCUGCUUUAAGGGAGAACUUUUAGGGUGUGGGGUGGUCAGAGGGGGGCCCUGCCAGCUGUAAAAUGUGAAACCAACGUUGUUUUUUUUUUUUGUUUUGUUUUUCUCUGUAAAUAAUUUUUUUAAUGG